AUGGGAUUUACCAGUAAAAUUGAUGGAAAACGUAUGUUUAAGAAUGUCAAAACUAAGCAAAGAUCACUUAAUGCAAUUCAAUCGGCUAAAGACGAGAUUGCUCAACACGAUCUUCAUGCCAUCACGAAGUCCUCAUUCACAUCUAGCGACGAAGGUUCACCACGAUCGGUGAAUGUCUCCAUCAAAAAAGAAGAAGGAUCAACAAAUGAAAACGGAAACAGUUCCGUAUAUAAACCAAAACUACCAUCAGUAAUGGUACCUCCAUCAGUCUUGGCUAAACUAGAUGUCAAAGACGAUGACAAAACGCAGUCGCCCAAAGGCGAUCAAUCACCCGCCGACGCGAAUGGAACCAAUAUUGCAAGCAUGAAGAAACGCAAACGACGAUUCGGUGAUGAAACAGAACGAGUUUUUCUGCCAAACAUGCCAACGAAUAUUUCGACAAGUAAUAUGAGCGAACAACAACAGAAGAUUUAUAUCCUGCAAGUUCAAAUUGAAGAAUUAACCCGUCGUUUGAAAAUGAAUGAUUUAGGUAUUCCUGCAAAUGCGGAAGCAAGUGCCACGAAUUCUCCUUCUAACGCACCGAAUACAGGACAGAACGAUAUCGCAAGAUCGCCAUCACCUGAACCCAUCUAUGAUCAACAAGGCAAACGACAAAAUACACGCGAAGUGCGCGCCAGACGAAAACUCGAAGAUCAACGGCAUCAACUUGUCACCGAAAUGUUGGUAAUCAAUCCUGAUUACAAAGCACCUGCCGAUUAUAAGCCACAACAAGCAAAAUAUAUCGAUAAAGUCAUGAUUCCACAAGAAGACCACCCGGAGGUUAAUUUCGUUGGGCUGAUUAUUGGACCACGUGGUAAUACAUUGAAAACAUUAGAAAAAGAGACUAAUGCAAAAAUUAUCAUUAGAGGUAAAGGCUCAAUCAAAGAUGGCAAGAUGGGUCUAGUCAAAUUUGGUCCGUUACCUGGCGAAGAUGAGCCAUUGCAUGCUUAUAUCACUGGCACAUCGCCCGAGAUUGUCGCUAAAGCCGUAGAAAAAGUCAAUGAAAUAAUCAAUCAAGCUAUUGACGAACCUGAAGGCAUGAAUGAAUUACGUAAACAACAAUUAAGAGAAUUAGCUUUACUUCAUGGCACAUUGCGGGAAAAUGACUGUCUCAUUAAACUGAAAUUAAUGACUGAAGCGGAAAAGAUCGUGACAAAUACUAUAAUCUGUACAGUAUGUGGUGGAGCUGGACAUGUUUCAGGUGAUUGUAAAUUUCGUAAAAAUCCAGAUGGUACCUAUGCUGAGUUGAAUCCGGAUGGAUCUUUGAUGCUUCCUGGAACCAAUCGUGUUGAACAGCAGAAACUUGAUUGCGAAUACCAAUCGUUAAUUAACGAAUUAACAGGUAAAAAGGACUCGGAUGCAAAUGGCUUGUCGUUGGAGGAUCGAAAGGGCUUAAUGAGCGGAUCAAGAACAAGUGGACCAACGUUGGCAAUUGCAGGCGCGACGACCGGAGCAAAUAAUACACUUCCGACACAGACAUCCUUCAAUAACACAUCCAAUAAUCUCAGUAAUGGUUAUAAUCCACCAUCCUUGAUGUCGAUCAAUCCCAGUUCGAAUUCAUCGAAUUCUUCACAGCCUCCACUACCACCUUCAUCAUCAUCAUCAUUGACAUCGUCGUCGUCGUCAUCAACAUCAAGUUACUGGAGUAACACUGGUCCUCGAUAUAAUAACAAUGACGUCUUCGACGGUCAUUAUCUCCUUCGACGAAAUAAUCGUAACAAUAACUAUUCAUCGUACAUUGAAGGCGAUUCAUAUCGUGCACAACAUAUUCCAGCAUUGAUGGAGAAUGGGGGAGGUAAUAAUAACACGAACUCGUCAUCAUCGUGGUCCAAUCCUCAACAACAGCAGUGGAGUCAAUGGAAUCAGUACAACACCAUGUAUUAUCAAAGCGUUUACCAACAGCAACAAUAUUACCAAAAUAACAACAGCGGUUUUGUGCCACCUUUACCGAAAAGUGCUCCACCACCGCCGCCUCCACAUUAA